GCGGUAUAUAAAUUAUCGAUUUAUUAGUCUCCGGGUCGCUUAGCCCCAAAUUAGUUUCAAAUUUUUUGUUCAUCAUGAAAUUGUUUAUUGCAAUUUUUGUGGUUAUGUGUGUUGUGGCCGGUGUUAGUGCCAACUGCGGAUGUUUAAAGUGCUCCAAACAUCUACAAUCCAUCGACAUCCCUGGUCCAGACGGGCAAUCCAUUAGAGUAAUAUUCGAACGACCCCAGUGCCAAUGCCAACAGUCCAACAGCUACAGCCCAAUCAACACGCAACAGAAACCAAAAUGCAGCGGCACGAUCUUGGCACCUACAGCCCCAAAACCCCCAGCACGCCUCUUGAAAAAUCUCAAAUACAAAACUACUACAGUCCGUGUACCUCCACCCUCACCACCACCACCACCACCACCACCACCACCAGCACCAGCAACACCUGAACCAGUUCCAGAACAGGAAAUCCCAGCGGAGCUCCUCCAGUUCCUUCUGAGUCUCUCUGCUACGCCAGAAGCAACAGCAGCUGCCGUAGCGGCCGUCCCCAGCACCUGUGGCUGUUGCAGCUGCAGAAACAAACGGGAGGUCUGCGAGUGCGGCGAGAGCUGUAGCUGUCCCAUCUGUCAAAAACAGUCCUUACUAGGGUAUUAAAUGGUAAGCACCCAUACACAUGGAAAAAUAGGGAAGACAACAAAGCGAUCCUAUAUUUUUUUAUGAUUAUAAUUAUAAUAAUAUUAAUAAUUUUAUUUGUAUACUUAUUAUAUGGGUUUUUUGAGCAUUAUUGAUCUCUUUAAAUAUAAAAAUAAAUUGUUCAA